GUCCUAAAAAUGUCUGGACAUGAGGCGUACUUAGAGGUUUUAAAUAGUCAGACACCUUUAACUCUGAGCUACGGGAAUUUAGGAAAUCAAAGACGACGUAAUUCGCGGACAGCUACUUCUCCUUCGGGAAUAAACAACGUGCUAGCUGACGCCAGAACGAAGCUCUUCAGCUCAUGGAGGGACGGAAGUACCCAGGGUUUUCUGUUUUACACUAAGCCCACACAGAAAAGGCAACCAAACAAUUUUUGGUUUAUUGGGCCAGAUGCAGAAAACUUCAGGGACAGCACUGGUUGGGAUGAUGGAAAUGGUGGAGGCUUAAGGAGUAUCAUCGAGAAACUAUUCUGUGGCUGGAAAGCAAGAUCCCCCGAUGCACUUCAUGUGCCAAAAACAAAAGUAGUUCCUAAUCAAGAACCUACAUUGGACAUCACAGGAGAAACAGUUGAUGUUCUCGACCACAUUUCAAUCACCAAUGCAGCAAGCAUUGCUGUUGAACGAGCAGAAUCCUUAGCUGCCAAAAACUUAUUGUCAAAGCAAAAACAGCCAGGAUGGAGCACUAUGUCUGCAACUGAAAGGGUUGCUGCAGUAAGUAAAAGGUAUCUUAAGAAGAAAACCCGUCUUGCUCAAAUGGAUACUUCCAUUAGGGAACAUCAUUCCCCAGACCCGGGUCUUUCACAUUUCCAAGAUUUGCCCUCAACAUCUGGAAGUUUUAGUGUCUAUCCCUCCCCCUCAAAGUCUUCCACGCCAGAUGCCAUUUCACCUCAACUAACCCGAUCUUCAUCAUCUGUAAAUUAUGCUCGAACUACUAGCAAAUCACCUUUUAAAGUGACCCAGUUGGCAGGUGUUGGAGAGAACCAACUUGAAGAUAUGGGAGCGACUAAACGAAGGCUAUUUAUGCCUUGCCAAAGCGAUCGACCAUCUGUUCUUACUUACUCCGAUCAUCGAAUCGAGCGCAGCUCUAUUCGUGUCCAGCUCAGCCCAAAGUCAAACCUUUUUUUUUGCAGUUGUGGUCAUGGCCAUUUUGGAAACUCAUAAGAAGCAAACAAACAUCAGCAAGAUUAUUACAGCAGUGCAAACUGCGCGUAGGUUCCACGCAGCUCAAUACCAGAAAUACCUGAAUACCGACGACGAAGCAAAUGACGAAGAUGUCGGUGGCGAAGGUGAACGCCCAAGGGUUGAUGUGCAGACUAUAUCAGAAAUUGAAUCACGAGUGAAUCAGAUUCUAAAAUCUCUGGAAGUGUAUUCUGACACACAAGCCUAAUUUAAAAUUGCAAUUUGCCUGAAUGUUGAAUUAAUGUUUUUCGUUAAAGCAGUGACAUCGUGUUUAGUUUUCAUUCCUUAACAAAUAAAUUCAGCAAAUGGUUUUCUGUUUA